AUGAAAUUAGCAAACAGAAUGUUCAUGUUGAGUUUCCAACUUAAAAGAGAACUUUUUCUAGUUCAAGAUGGAAGUCUCCAGAUAGAAAUAGAAAGAAAUAUGAAAGUGUUGGAUUGUGAUUUGCUUCUAGGUCAUCAAACUAUUUCUUUCACUUCUGGAAGCAAAUGUGACGAAGAGAAAGAAGGGAGAGAUGGAAUAGCAAAUAUUCAAUCCAGGUUCUGUUUACCAUCGUCUUUCAUAGAUUUAACGGUUCUUUUACACAGCGCCAAACCGAAAUGA